CGGCAGGGGGCGACUUUGCAGAAGGAAAGCAGAUGCGCCACAAGUUUCCUCAGCGGCCAAAACCAUUGUUUCGGCAAAAUUGGGGAUAUAUUCCGUCAAUUGAUUUUGAACAACACUCUAGGGCAGCAAAUAAGGUUGGCCGGUAUGAUUCUGGUUGGCCUCUCUCAAAUGGGUUUGACAUACAGAUUGAAAGUAAAUCCUUUCAUUUUAAAAUUCUUGAUUCCAGCAUACAUGUUUCUGAAACCAAGCUUGGAAUAAGAUCUGCCGUAGAAUUAGAUUUGGUUAGGGCUUCUUGGUUGCAGCUUUCCAUUCCUAAGAUUUUUGGUGGAUCUUAUACUAGGAUUGAAUUGGAUAAAUCAUUUUGCAUUCUUUAUGAUGCCAAUAUUUUUGGGGGUUAUAUCCGUGUUAUUGAAAAGGGGUGUGAUUCUUUAUUUAUACCCGAAGGACGAAAUGGAUUUGGAAUUAAUUUAUUUCUAGCUGGGAUAACAAGAGCUAUAGUCAUGAUGAGAGACAUUGCUGCAAAGCAAUCAACAUGUGUGCUUGCUACAGGUGAGAUUUCUCCAGAUUUUGUGGGUGUAAAUAACUUAGAGUUGGAGUGUAUGCUUUUGGAUGGGGAUCAGCUUGACUCUACAGAGAAUGAGAUCUCCAUUUCGGGAGCUUUAUUUAAAGUUGAUAUAGAGGAUUUUGCCUAUUAUGACAACUCUUUACAGUUGAUUUCUGUCAAUGAGCCUGAACAGAUUCUUGAACCUGAUCCAUUUGCAAAUCUUAAGGAUUUCUUUCAGAUUACUCUGACAAAUGGGGUGGAAUCACUCUCUCAGUUUCUAACUAAUGAAUUUGAGAGACUUCUAAUCUCAAUAUUGGAUAGCCGAGAGAACUUGAUUUUGGGGUCCACUGAUGAAGGGAAAGCUACUGGAACAGAGGCUUAUCCGGAGAGAGUUGAUCAGAAUGAGUUUCGUGCUUCUGAGUUAGGUGGUGUGGGCAUUCAAUCAGAUUCUUUGGCUUGGGAUGGUUUUUAUGGUGAUUCAUGUGCUUCUUCGGGGGAUGAAUUUCUUGGUCAUGUAUCUGAAAAUGAGAAGAGGGUGCCUAUCUCAAAAGUGGGAGAUCUAUGGGACUUCGAUACUAAUCAAGAUAUUUGCUACAAAGCCUUACUCGUCACACGUGAAAACUGCUUGCCUACACAAAAUUUGAACACUCAAAAAAGAAUGUACCGGAAAAAGAAUCAGAGGUCGCACCUUAUGAGGACCAGAUCUCAAACACGAGCGGAGCUAUGAAAAUUAAUUUAAGGGCUUAGAGAUCUCUAGGGCGGGUUUUACUUGUGUUGAAUUGGGUUGGGUCUUUUCCUUUUUCUAUUUUGUUUAUUUGUUUUUGUUUACCUGUUCUUUUUUUUUUUUUUUCUUUUUUCAUUCUUUUCCCUUCACUCUUUGUACUUUGCUUUGCUUAUUAUUAAUAAAAUUUUCUUUCCAUUAA